AUGGCAGACCCACAGCCAGACCAAAGCGGGCUGGACAGGUUUCUGAUGGUGGCUGGGGACGGUGUCGACCCUCAUGUGGCUCAGAACUUUCUGGACGCGGGAAGCGGGAAUGUUGAACGAGCUUUAGAGCUGUAUCUGGACAGUGGCGGUCACAUGCCGGAACCUGUCGCAGGUAACGCUCCUCGUCCCGCACAUGCUCCUCAUCUGCCGAGUUCUCAGCAGCUCCACGACGUCGACGAGGAAGAUAACGACUUGGAUGAGGAGGGUAGGCCGGUGCGGAAGGCGGAUCAGGUGAAGAAGCAGCGGCUGCUGGGGGUGGGCCUGGGAGGCGCAGAUCGGAGUGAGGACGGUGGGGAAGGAGGGUCCGAGGUGGGCUUGCUCUUCCACCCACUAAAUCCGUUCCGACACUUUGGGGCGGAAGCACGGGGGUCGUUUGGACGGGGAGGAGACCCCUGGGGCAGGGGGGGAGGAGGGGGCAUUAGCAAGCUCUUCCAGCCCCCCCUUCACAUGAUCUUUCACGGAAAUUUUGCGGAUGCCCGCGCCACGGCAAGGGAAGGCAACAAGUGGCUGUUGGUGAACAUCCAGCGUGAGGACAUCUUCGCCUCGCACAUGCUGAAUCGGGACGUGUGGGCCGACGAGCUGGUGCAGGCCCUGGUCCGGGAGGGCUUCGUCUUCUGGCAGAUGAGUGCCGGCCUCCCCGAGGCCAUGUCAUACGUUGCCCGGUACCACCUGGACGCGGUGGAGGGCAACAGCAAGGACUGUAGCGGCGGGGACGGACACCUUCCGCAUAUCGGGGUGCUCGACCCCCGCACCCAGCGGCUCCUCUGGUCCCACGCCGGCGCCCUCUCCCCGGCCCAGCUCGCGGAGAAACUCACAGAGGUCACUUCCACGUACUCCCUCACGGAUCACACCACUUCAAAAUUCAUUAGCGUCCUCUGCUUCCGAGCUCAGUCUAUCCAACGCCCUACA